AUGGCCACUCAGAAAACUCUCCCGCGCCUGCAUUUUGUCGACGAAAAUGAUCCCGAGAAACGACACAAGUCCCGGGCGCAUCUGGCAAGGGAGUUGCACCGGAUGAAGCGCCAGCACAGAAAAGUCUAUCCCUCGAACCUCCCCGUUUCUCCCGCGAAUGUACAGCUCGACCAGUUCAAAUGGCCUGUCGACGUUGUGGUCAAGGCAGCCUGUCCGCCAACCGCCGAUCUCCCUCUCCAUCUGCUGAAAGCCGCCCAGGACAGAUGUCUCUUCCAUCACUAUUCAACUGUGAUGCCGGAGCUCUACAGAGCACGCUGGAAACACAUGGGCAAUGCAAAUGCCGUGAGGGACUUGUUCCAGCUCUACUGCCGUGACGAGGUGUCUUUUCGAGCUCUGUUGUUCGAUGCCGCGACUCAUCGGUCAGCCCUUCAGGGCAUACCAGCUCCGCUCGAGUACGAAAACCAGCUUGUGCGAAGUAUCAGGUCCAAUCUUCAUACCCUCAAUUCAGGCGUCAUUCUGGGCACGAUCCUUCUCUGCAGCCUUAAGUGCAUGGGGGGAUCGGACGGUACCUCACAUUGGCUCGCGUUCAGGGAGAUGAUCAUGCUACACGGCGGAUUAUCUUCAUUCAAAGGGGACCAUCUCAUGUUUACAAAGCUCAUCUGGACUUUCAUCGCCCUGCCCGGACCUCUGACGGGAUUCGACUGCGCCCCAGAUUUAGAAUUUGGGCUCAAGGAUCUCAACGAUCUGCUUCGGAGUCGUCAGAAGGCCCUCGUCGAUCUGUUACCUACUUCCGAGGUAGAGAUGGACCGCUUAUCCGACUUGCGAAGGGUGAAGGCGUUUCAAGCUUCAACCCUGAAAAGGCUGCUUCAGACCCCAACGUCGGAAUACCCAACGGAACGUAAUUGCCGUCUAGCAGUUAUCUUGUUUCUCACAUCGGCACUCAUGCUUCAUGGAGACUUUGAUCCGGCAACUGACUCAUGUAUCGAGGCCAUUAGCCAACACCUAGAAGGAGCCCGAGACGAUGCAGCAAUAUCACCCGUCCAUCUGUUGUGGUUUCUGACGCGACUAACUGUCUCGGCGACAAUUGGUGAGAGGUAUGCUCAGGUCUGGAUUGGGGUCAUACGAAUGUUGGCAGCAUUUCAUCGACUGGCACCGUCCGUACAAAAAGAUGCAGAAAGACUCCUUUUCGUGUCACUAGAGAUGCCGGAGAUGUAUGAACAGAUCCCAGCUGGCUGGGGAUUGGAUGGAGAACUACGGAUCGAUGCAGAUCCAGCACGACGGGACGCGCACGAUCGAUCUGUCCCUGCAGAAUGCUUUUGUGAGCUCCUUUGGUUCACGGCACCUCCAGAUGAAUAG